ACGACUGGUCCUAUCGGGCCGCACAUCCUGCACUCGCGUCCCCUGCGCGUACGCGCUUCGGUCGAGGGUGACAGGGCUCGAUAGGCUACAGCGUCAUCUCGCGCUCCUGUCCGACGCAGGCCAGGCCGACUCUGUCCGCCGAAAUGCUGCGAUCCCUUGCAGGGAAACCCGGAGCGCCUGUGCGCGCUGGGAUAUAAUGGCGUUCCUCAUGUCCUCUAGAUCCCCCGUGUUCUGGACACGUACAGUACCGGACGCUCGACAUCCUUCACCACGACGAUGGCUACUCGCGGGCAUCAUGACGAGGAGGCUGCUUUGGGCACUCCCGACAGCGCCACACAAGCAGAGAAGCCAAUGUUUGAAGGAGGCGACGAGUACGACAACAUCCUGCGCUUCGCGCGCACUGAGGCUGCCAAGCUCGACCACGGCGACGACGACGGAGGGGAAGAAGAGACCGGGUAUUACCGCCCUUGGUUCUCCCCGUGGAAGAAGAUCAAGGUCAAGAGUACGAAGGAGCUCAAAGUUCCCGCCGACUGGCUUCGCACCGACGUCCAGACCGGCUUGACGUCUGGCGCCGAGAUCGAAAGGCGCAGAUCCAUCGCUGGCUACAAUGAGCUGGAGAGUCCCGAUGAGAACCAGAUCUUGAAGUUCAUCUCGUACUUCCGCGGUCCUAUCCUCUACGUCAUGGAACUGGCUGUCUGUCUUUCAGCCGGUCUGCGUGACUGGAUCGAUUUUGGUGUCAUCAUCGGUAUCCUUUUCUUGAACGCUCUGGUCGGUUGGUACCAGGAGAAGCAAGCUGGUGACAUUGUCGCUCAACUCAAAGCCGGUAUCGCUAUGAGAGCGACUGUCGUCCGUGACGGUCGUGAGCAGGAGGUUGAGGCUCGAGACCUCGUGCCCGGCGAUAUCCUCGUCUUGGAGGAAGGCAGCACCAUCCCCGCGGAUGCCAGGAUUGUUGCGGACUACGCCGACAAGAAUGGUUCCAAGGCCAGGAUGCUUAUGGAGAAGCGCGGCCGCGGGUUGUCAAACUCCAGCACGGCAUCCGGCGUCGACAAGGGCCCCUCAGUCUGCGCGGUCGACCAGUCCGCAAUCACGGGAGAGUCCCUCGCGGUGGACAAGUUCGUCGGCGACGUCGCCUACUACACUUGCGGUGUUAAGCGCGGGAAGGUGUACGCUAUGGUCACCGUCAGCGCGCCGUACAGUUUCGUCGGGAACACUGCGCGACUUGUCUUGGCUUCCAACGACAUCGGCCACUUCCAGAUCGUCUUGGGCGGUAUCGGCACGGCGCUCCUUGGUCUUGUCAUCGGGUUCAUCUUCAUCGUCUGGAUCGGCGGGUUCUUCAGACACGUUGGCAUCGCAGAGCCGAAGGACAACAACUUGCUGGUGUAUGCCCUGAUCUUCCUGAUCAUUGGUGUGCCUGUCGGUCUUCCCUGUGUCACCACCACGACGAUGGCUGUCGGUGCUGCUUAUCUCGCGAAGCGCAAGGCGAUCGUGCAGAAGCUCACCGCUAUCGAAUCUCUUGCUGGCGUCGACAUCCUGUGCUCGGACAAGACUGGUACGCUUACGGCAAACAAGCUCUCUCUGAACGAGCCGUUCGUCGCGCCUGGCGUAGACCCCGACUGGCUGAUGGCCGUGGCUGUCCUCGCUUCGUCGCACAACAUCAAGUCGCUCGACCCCAUCGACAAGGUCACCAUCGUCGGACUGAAGGACUACCCCGGAGCGCAGGAGAUCCUCCGCCGCGGCUGGCACACGCACAAGUUCAAGCCCUUCGACCCCGUCUCCAAGCGUAUCACGGCUGAGGUCGAAAGGGAUGGACGGAAGUACACCUGCGCGAAGGGCGCCCCUAACGCCAUCCUGCGCCUUGAUAGCUUCCCCCAGGAGACCGUGGCUGCGUACCGUGCCCAAGCUGCUGAAUUUGCUCAGCGUGGUUUCCGUUCGCUCGGUGUCGCGUGCAAGGAGGAAGGCGAGCCCUGGCAGCUGCUCGGUAUGCUUUGCAUGUUCGACCCGCCGCGUGGCGAUACGGCUGCUACCAUCCGCGAAGCCAUGGACCUCGGUAUCAGCGUGAAGAUGCUUACUGGUGACGCCGUCGCCAUCGCCGUCGAGACGUGCAAGCAGCUCGGCCUUGGCACGCACGUCUACGACUCGGAGCGUCUCAUCACUGGCAGCAUGCCCGGCUCGGAAGUGCGCGACUUCAUCGAGGGCGCGGACGGUUUCGCGGAGGUCUUCCCGGAGCACAAGUACCAGGUCGUCGCGAUGCUCCAGGAGCGUGGCCACUUGACGGCCAUGACUGGUGACGGUGUCAACGACGCGCCCUCGCUCAAGAAGGCGGACUGUGGUAUCGCUGUGGAGGGUGCUUCGGACGCGGCGCGCACGGCUGCGGAUGUUGUUUUCCUCGACGAGGGUCUCAGCACUAUCAUUACGUCUAUCAAGGUCGCUCGCCAGAUUUUCCACCGGAUGAAGGCCUACAUCGUCUACCGCAUUGCGCUUUGUAUCCACCUCGAGGUCUACCUGUGCACGUCCAUGCUCAUUCUGAACGAGACCAUACGUGUCGACCUCAUUGUCUUCAUCGCUAUAUUUGCUGAUGUUGCCACGAUCGCCAUCGCCUACGACAAUGCUCCAUACGAUCGGAAACCGGUCGAUUGGCAACUUCCCAAGGUGUGGAUUAUCUCGACUAUCAUGGGUCUACUCCUCGCCGCCGGCACCUGGAUCAUCCGCGGCACUCUCUUCCUCAGCGACGGCGGUAUCAUCCAGAACUUCGGAAGCGUCCAGGAGGUUCUUUUCCUGGAGGUCGCUCUCACGGAGUCCUGGGUCAUCCUUAUCACCCGUAUGUCUCAGGGUCCUGACUCGGGCCCGUUCGUCUGGCCGUCCUGGCAGCUCGUCGGCGCCAUCCUCGGUGUAGACGCUCUCGCCACCAUCUUCGCCCUCUUCGGUUGGUUGUCCGGUCCGGCUGUCCACGGAGGUUGGCUCGAUAUCGUCACUGUUGUGAAGAUCUGGUGCUACUCCUUCGGGGUCGUCGUCACGGUUGGCGUUGCCUACUGGCUCCUGAACAAGAUCAGGUGGCUCGACAACAUCGGUCGCCGCAACCGGAGCCACAAGAACACCAGGCUCGAGAACCUUCUCACCGAGAUGCAGCGCCUCACGCUCGUCCACGAGCACGAUUCGAACGGCGAGUCGUACUACCGAAUUUCGAAGGGCGGCGCGGAGGACAAGCAGGCCGGCGCGACGGGCACCGCGACUCCCGUCAAGUCGGACGCGGAGAAGAAGCACUAAGCUCGGGCUGCACCACGCAGGCUAUGGCCACUUUCUAACGCAUUCCACACGACAUGGCGGCUCUCCGCCGCAUCAAGGACUUAUCAAGUUUCACGAUAGAGCUUACGCACGCACGAGGAGAAAAGUCUCCGAUAAUGUGUAGUUUCCUUCCUUAAUCAUCGGGCCCCGAGCGGCCUUGCUGUGUACCAUCUACGCAUUGUUGUUGACACACAUGUACAUAUUGUAAUCAGCUUCACGAAUACAGUCUGAAGCAUCAUUAGAGUU